AGCUCGGGAACUUGGGGAAUCGCCGUGCAGCUUGUCCUUCUACCACGAGCACCUCAAAUUUCUCGCCCGGUGCACAACUUCGCCUCCCGACGAGAUGACGCUUCCACCUUGUCGACCUGGACAGAACUUUGUGUCAGUAUCGCCGAUUGAUGGCGGUUCCAUCACACUGCCCGAACGAUGCUUCGUUGCACCGAGCGAUCCAGAUGCGAGUAGCACUGUUCCGUCGAUGGCGUUUCUGAUAACUCAUCCCGGACUCAAAAAGACUGGUUCAGAUCAGCAUGCCUCGAGCAAGCCUGGCACCCGCAUAAUGUUUGACCUCGGUCUGCGCUCCCAUCUGGGGCGUUACAUUCCGGCUGCUCAACAGCAUCUGAAUCAAGGACGAACGCCAUACAGACUCGGGCCUGGAGUUGCCGCCCAUCUGGCUGCGGGGGGAUUGUGUGCUGCAUCCGACAUAGACAUGGUCAUCCUCAGUCACGUCCAUUACGACCAUCACGGCGAUCCUGAAGACUACGGCGCAUCUCUCUUCAUUGUUGGGAAGGGAUCGCUAGAUCUCCUCGAGCGAGGUGUCCCUACCGUGGCAUCGCACCAAAAUUUCGAUCCAAAAUUGCUUUCGGGGCGUCGCACAGUUGAACUGACAUCACCAUAUCGGGGUGAUGUUGAGUUCCGCAUAGAGGAUGGGACUCGGUUUAAAUCGUCCUGGGCGCCCCUAGGGCCUUUCCCUGCUGCUCUCGACAUUUUUAGUGACGGCUCCGUCUUUGUGAUCGAUGCCCCGGGACACUUGACGGGCCACCUUAAUUUGCUCUGUAGGACGGGGGCUGACACAUGGGUGUACUUGGGGGGGGACACUUGCCAUGAUAUGCGCUUGCUUACGGGCGAGAGAGAAAUAGGCACGUGGGAUGAUGGGCAUGGACAUUGCAUCUGUAUCCAUCUGGACAAGGCUGCCGCUGAGCUCUCCAUACAGCGGGUCCGAGAUUUACUGAGCCUGGGGGAUCGAACCAAUGCAUCUGUAGAUGUGGUCAUGGCCCAUGACCACGAGUGGCACGAUCGGAAUAAGGAAAGGUUUUACCCCAAUUGCUUAUGAUGUAAUUAUUCGAAAGAGUCAAAAGGAACUCUUAGUCACAAAGGAUGCUUUGCUCCCUCUUCCAAGGCCUCUACGGUAGAGCGCCGCCCAUUAAACCUCCAGACCUUGGGACGUUGCAAGGUACAGAAGAGCGGA